UCACAUAUCACAAUCAGCUGAUUACAAAGGUUGAUUCAGUAGUUUUGCUUAAUUUCAUUUCUGUUUUCUAUUCUAAACAUAUGUUUUUCUAUUUAGGUUGUAAAUUCAUAAUUCUCUUCAACGCAAUCCUUUUUAGCUGAUUAAAACAUUAUCUAAGACUGUACAACGACAUCCGGUGUAUAAUAUGCAAAGCAAAUAAAGGCUUUUAUUGGCAGUAAGAAAUAGGUAUUUUGGGUUUUAUUCUAUCAAUAUCAAUUUUAUUUUUGAUUUGUGCAUAACUCGCUUCAAGUUGAUUGGUUUGUAAACCCAAUUCUUGUCGAAUGUUAGCCACAAUAUCAUCCCAGUAUGGAACAGGACAACAAACGGCCACUUAUUCAAGAUACAGAUAUUCCAGAUUUAGAAGCACUAAAAGGUGCUUUAGAACAUCGAGAAGCACUUAAAAUAAAAGCAGAGCGUAUCAGAGAGACGGCGCUGUCGCGUAUCAAGGCGCGUGAGAGGGCGUCACGACGUCGAAGCAAUGAGAAGACACCGGAUGAAUCGACAACAUCUGGCGGCGGCGCACGAAGGCUGUCGGCCUCCACUAACACCGUCGCCAAGGAGAAAAGCGAUCAGCUCAAGAGGAAACUCGAGGAGGCCAGGGCAAAAGUUGAAAGCAUGAGAGGUCAGGAGAACCUGGGUAAAGUGAACGAGGUGGUCGAAUCGAUUCGUGUACAGAUUGAGGACAGGGAGAAAGUGCUGCAACAAAUGCUCACCACACACUCGGCCAAGCCGGCUGCUGACGAGCCUCAAACAACAACGGACAUGGAGCCUGUGAUACCAGACCAAGUCAAACAAAAACUUGCUGACCUUGAAGCUCAGGUUCUCGAUUUGCAGGAGAACUUGCGCGAGAAGGACAGCGUGUUGGCGGCGCGCACACAGGCGAUCACACUGCUGUCGGAGGACAUGUCGCGCAAGAGCCGCGCACGCAUCGAUCACCUCGAAGAGACGCAGCAGCAGAUGCGCCAAAUGCAGGCAAACUUUGUGCUCAUUGAAGAGCGCAUGCGCCAAGAACACCUCAAACUGCAACAGCAGGCUGACCAACGCAAACAGAGGUGUGUGGAGGCGGAGAAGAGUCUGCGGCAGUCGGAGACGGCUCGCUUCGACCUGUCGACUCGUGUCGCCGAGUUGCAGCAGCGGCUGGCAGCGUUGCAGGAGCAGAAUGCAGGAUUGCAGGAACAGGCGAAGGAACGCGACGAGAUGAAAGAGUCGCUGGACGCUGCCAACAAACAGACCAUCAAAUUGAAGGCCCAGUUCAAGGCCAAGAUGAAAGCCGUCGAGGAGGAACGCGACACGCUCAAGAAGAUGAGUGAGAGCGGGGAGGAGGUCAACAGACUACAGAAUCGUAUCGCAGAACUGGAGGAGGAGAAAGGUAACCUACAAUUGUCUGUGUUAGACUUUGAUGAACAACAAGAACUUUGUAAUACGCUAAAAGCUAGAAUUGAAGAACUGGAGAAGAAAACUGAAUACCAGAAUGUAUAUCUGGAUUGUCAUGUGCAAUUAAUCUCACAACUUGAAAAUGAAAAAUUGGAUCUGAUUGAAGGAGCGCAAGAGCAAGCGGCAAUGCUGGCCGAGAAAGACGCCUUGAUCGCGCGACUGCAAGAGCAGCUGGCCGAAGUGGGCCGAGUGAAGGUGGCGGCCGAGAUGCGAGCCGCACAACUCGAGGAGAAACUCGACCUGGACAUCAGGGAGCAGCGAAGGGCAGACGACGCGGACGAGGGCCGGCUGGAGAACAUGCGCAACGAACUGCUCAAGUCUGAGGAGACGGUCGCCGAGCUGCAGGCGCAGCUAGCUGCCGGUGCCUCGGCACUCGACGAGUGGAAGGCCAAGUAUUUCGGCAUGCAGAGACAGUACAAUGCGAUGACCGACGCCUUCCAGCAACUGGAGAGUCGAGUGGCCGAUACGGCGGCCAACAACGCGAGUGGACUGCGUGACUGUGCACAACUGAGGCGGACGGUUAGCGAGCUGGAGAGCUCUUUCGAACGGAUGUUAGAACGAGGCAUCGGUGACGAGGAACUAGUUGAAUCUGAGAGAAACCCUCCGCAGAGAGAACCAUCUCCAUUGAUGCAACAAGUUGGUGAGCUGCAACAGUUACGUAUGUUCAUGGAAGACGUGGAGAGCUCUGCUGCUGGAAUGGAUAGGGAAGGAUGUAUGAGAGUAGUUGAAUUCUUACGAAGGUUCAUUGGAGAAUUGGAAAGCUGUGUUGCUAGAAUAAAUCCGGAACAAGCUAAUGAGGAGCUUGUUAAUCGAGAUGUUGAGGUAGAGCGACUACGUCACGAGCUGCAAGCAGCCACUGAAGAAAUGCAUCGUUUGCAAAGUUUGGUGGAAGAAUUGACCAGCAACAGUGCGAAACUUGACGAGCUGAACCGGAAAAUGGACGAGAAAGACCGGGAGCUGCAGGAGACGUGCAGUGAGUUGGAGGUACGCAGCCGCAAGUUGUCCGAGUACAAAAAGUUUCACAAGUUGAAGAGCGAGGAUGUGAUAAGGGUGUCGCAUGAGUUGGAAACUUUGACUGCCGACAGUCAGCAGCGGAUAGCUAGGCUGGAGGAGGAGCUCGCAAAAGCUAGGGAUACUAUUUGCAAGAUGCAGGCGGCUGGAAGUAGUGGUGGUAGUGUGGACAAGAGUGUGGAGGCUGGAAGUAGUGGUGGUGCCGGCAGUGCGGACAAGAGUGUGGAGACUGGAAGUAGUGAUGGUGCCGGCAGUGUGGACAAGAGUGUGGAGGCUGGAAGUAGUGGUGGUGCCGGCAGUGUGGACAAGAGUGUGGAGCAGAAGAUGAAGAAGCUGGCGGCCAAUUUGAAGUUGAAGGUGAAACUAUGUAAGGAGUUGGAGGCGAAGGUUGCAGAGAUGGAGGGCCAGUUGAAGCGUGUAGCAGAUGAGAGGAACGAUGUGGUCAGGUGCAUGGAGGAGAAGCAGAAUGUGAUUGAGGAUUUGAACUCGGCCAACAAAAAGCUGGGAGUUGAGUUGAGUGAGUUGAGGAACCUGAUGGCUGAGCUUCGAUCGCAGGCGGUUGGUGGUGGCAGUUGUGGCGCAGAUGAGACUGUCGAUCAGUUGCGCGCCGAAAUCGGUGAUUGGAUGGAAAGUGUGCGCACAAGAAGCCAACAGGCCGAGCUGAAGCUGCAAGAGAAGGACGUCUACAUUGAGAGUUUGGAGUGCGAACUGAACAAGUCGAGGGAGCGCGUGCGCGAGAUAGAGUGUAGUGUUGAGGAGCGACGCAGGAGUCUGGAGGAGAAGGCUGAGUCUCUGGGGAUUCGUCUGUUGCAAGCGGAAACCGCUAACGAGGAGUUUGAACGGCAGGGCGGCGAACUGGAGCGACAGCUCGCGUAUCUGGCCGAAAACGAGAACUACCUGCAGACCAGUCUGAUCAACAGUCGAAAUGAGAACGAUGGUCUCACGAGAACUGUACAAGAUCUGAACGCACAAAUUGAAAAACUUGUGAAGGACGUUGAGAACGGUCGCAACAGCAUCGUUCAUCUACAGAAAGAAUUGGCGGCUGCUAGAGAAGUUCAGGAAGCUUACAAUCAGAACAUUGAGGAGUUGGACAGGCUGAAUACAGCCAAUAAACAGAUGAAAGCCGGUAAAGAGAAACUGGUGCUGGAGUUUGAGCAACGCGAGAAGCAGCUGUUGGAGAAUGUCGAGGAGGAGAUGCGCACUCUGAACGAGAAAAUGGAGAAUGAACGCCAGGAUCUGCGCAGGAGGCUAGAGGCCGAAUCUGCCCUCAAGAAAGCUUUGGAACAACAGAUAAGCGAUUUGGAGAUGAGAUGCGAGGAGGCCAAUAGCAAGCUGCUACAAACAGAUGUGAAUCGUAUUGGUGCGCAGGAGAUAAUGGCCGAACAGAAAGAGCUGAUGGAGAAUCUGAAGGUGGAGUUUGAGAACCGGGAAGUGAACUAUCGGACACAGAUCAGGCAGCUGCAGGAGUACAACGCUGAGCUGGUGAAGAGUGUGGAUGCAAUCGAACACAACGCGACCGGUUUGACGAGGGAGCUGAGUCGUGUCGGUGUGGAACUGGACGCUAUGCGUGCCGAUCAGAGUAGAAGUCAGCAGUUGCAGGCUGAGCUGGAUGCAUUGAAGCAGAUGGUGCGGAAGGGGGUCGAUGAGGUUGUCAGUGAGGCAGAGAGUAGGGUGAUGUUGUUGGGCCAACAACACGAGGCAUUUGAAAAACAACAGGAGGUAGUUGAACAACAAGUACAACAGGUAAAACAACAGGAGGUACUUGAAACAAUGCCGACAUUGUUCACAUUCCCAACCACCAAUGAACCAUCGGACGAUCCUUUCUCCAGGGUAGAACCACCAGUGGCCAGUGCUGCAUCAUUCUUCCAGCCUCCUCCUCCUCCUCCUCCUCCUAAAUCUCCAGAAAGCAGGGAACAGUUGAUCCUGGAGCUGGAAGCCAAACUGAGCUCGGCUCUGGAGGAGAAUCAGAGACUGGGAGUGUUGGUUGAAGGCGCGGGCUUGGGUGUAGGGGGAGCGGCAAGUAGUAGGGAUGAAGAGGAUGGAUGGGGUUGGGGGGGCGAUGAAGGUAUGGCGGCCACGCAGUCCCCCCUCAAAAGGUCCUCUCACCAGGAUGUGGAGCGCCGAUUGGCAGAGUACGAGGCCGACAAUCGGCGGCUGGCCGAUGAGCUCAGAGAAUCGAAUCUGAAGUGUGCCAAACUCCUGAAGAAAGCCAAAGAGCUUAAGUCGAAGAGUGAGCACUUGGAGCGAGACUGUCGUCAGCGGAGUGUUGGCUUUGAGGAUUUGGACUUUGCCAUGCAGGAGGAGCUGCGCGAGAGGAUCGGUGUGCUGGAGAAGAGUCUGCAGGAGGCUCAGGGUGAGGCGAAGGCGUGGAAAACAGAACGGGAGAACCUGACUCGGCGUGUGGACACUCUGACCAGCGGCAACGAACGGCUGGUGGAGAUGAAGGAGAGGCAGGACGUGGAGGUGGCUAUGUGGCAGAAGCAGAACGCUGAACUCAAGCAACACAUCCAAGGACUCGAGUGGAGAAUCGCGGAACUCACCGAUGAAACACACAUCGCCAAUCCACCUGAUGUACAAGACAAGUUGGACAGUUUGACGGCCGAAAACGAACAGCUGAUGAAGGUUCUGGCCGAAAUGAAGGAUCAGGCUACCACUAGAUUACAACCCGACGACGAUCAACAUCUCAAGCAACAGGUCGACAAUCUUCAACAGUUAUAUAAUCAAGCACAAACCGAUCUAGAGGAGCUGACACGUCACAACGCCAACAUACUGAGUGCAAACGAGGCCAUCAGCGGCAGAUUUGAUGCGUUCAAAGUGGAGAUUGAAGAGCUGGCGGCCGACAAUGAGAAGCUGAGGGGUGAGUUGUCGAAAAUCGAAGAUAUUUCAGCCAAGUACUCGACGUUUGGUGCCGAGUUUGAACAGUUGAAGAACGAAAAUAGUCGCAUUGUGCUGCUGGAGGAGGAGAACAAGUUGAUGAAGGAUAUUGUGGCGACAGCUGAAGAACAGCUGAAGGCCUACAAGAAUAAAUUGAACGAAAAUGAGAAGAACCUAGCGAAGAUAGAUGAAAACUACGCGAAUAUGAAGCGGGAGUUUGAUCGGUUGAUGGCUAUCAACCAGGAAAAUUCCGAGCUGUUGGAAAAGUUGCGGCUGGAAAAUUGUGAGCUAAGUAGUGCAGCUGAUGAGUAUAAGAAACGUUUGGAGGAUGCGUUGAAAAAGAGAUCAGGAUCGGUGGCUGAAGAGGAACCCCAGCAGUUUGCUCCAGUGUUGUUUGAAGGAUUCAAAAGUGCUGGCAAUGCUGCAGAAGCUAACGAUCCAUUUUCGGCGUUGGGAGAAGAGCAAGCCGAAAAAACUGAACUAGUUGACGAGAUUGUCAAAACCAACCAGCAUGAACAGGAAGAAGAGGAUCUGAAAGAGUUGAAGGAGGAGGUUUGCAAUCUGAAUACGUUGCUGGACGAAAAAGAAGACGAGCUGGAGAUCACACUGCAGUCGGUGGACAGCAUUCGGCUGGAACGCGAGAACCUGGAGGACGAGUGGAACGAGAAGUUCAAGAAUUUGAACACAAAGAACACGUCUGCGACGGUCGUGAAGGCGGAAGCGUUCCGCGAUCAGUUGAACGUGGCUCGGAAGAAGUUCCAAAACGAGUUGCUGCUAAAGGAGGAGGAAAUCGCGCAUCUAACCUGUGAGCUAUCAGCCAAGCAACAGCUGUUGAUGAACAGCGCCACCGAGCUGGAAACUGUGCAAACGGAAGCUGAAAAAGCGCUCAUCAAGUUGAGAGAGGUAGAAGGCCAACUUGAGGAACGAAAUUUGGAAUUUGAUAAGCUGCGACACGAGUUGGACUGUUUACGAGGUGAGUACAGCAGUCUGCAGCGAGCCUUAGACGAGAAAGCUAGAUACAUAGAGGGGUUGGAACUAACUAGACAGGAGGCAGAAGUUUGUAGGGAAGAGUUGCUGCUGGUACAAUCGCAGCUGAAGGAGGCAUUGAGUGGCAACGAGGUGCUGCGGGAGAAACGAUCCAACGUGGAUGACUCGUUCUACGAUCUCGAAUAUCAACUGCGGAAGGAGCUUGACGAAAAGUCGGCCAGUUUGAAGGAGAUGCUACAGAAGAAUAGUGAAGCAGAUGUGAAAUUGUCGGAGUGGGAGCGGGUGGCGAGUGAAAAGGAUGUGAAAUUGUCGGAGCUGGAGAGGACUUUGUUUGAGAAGGAAGCGCGACUGUCUGAGUUGGAAGCGAUUGCCUACGAGAAGGAUGUGAAAUUGUCGGAUUGGGAGAGGUAUGCUAGUGAGAAGGAUGUGAAAAUUGCGGAAUGGGAGAGGUAUGCUAGUGAAAAGGAUGGGAAGCUGUCGGAAUGGGAAAAAUACGCUAGUGAAAAGGAUGUUAAGUUGAUAGAGAUGGAGACAGUUUUGAGUGAGAAGGAGGGGAAAUUGUCUUCGUUCAAACAAGCCUACACCGAAUGCUACGAUCAGUUGCAGAAGAGCGAAAACACAGUGAAGAGUUUGGAGGAAAGUGUGCAGGCGUUGAAGCCAGCACCUAGAGGAGGGGAUACUGCCAGUAUACGUGCAAUGGUGGAAGCAACGAUGGAAGACGAUGUCAACUGGAAAGAGUACCUGAUGACGGAGGUGGAGCGUUGUCGCCAGAUGAUAGCCAAACGGGACUUGGAGAUUGUGCGACUGACAGAGUCGCUGGUUGCCACAAAAGACUCUCUAUCCCACGCCAACGAAGCUGUUCACGUUUCCAGUUAUGGUUCGGUUCAAACUUUGAAGCAGCGGCUGGAUGAGGCCCUCUACACACUGCACGUCAGAGAUUUGAGGUGUGAGGAGCUCACACACGAGCUGUUACAGCUUUUGGCAGAAAGAGAUGAGCUUCAGCUGCGUCUGUCAGCCUCGAUCAAGAUGAACGAGUCGAGUCGCGGAAGAAUCGAACAUAUGGAAAAAUCUCCUGCCGAAUCAGCUGACUCGAGUGCUGAAAGCAGUGAUCAAGUCAAUCCACCUCAGGCCUAUGUGCUCACCGAAAAGCUUGGCGAAUUGCAGCAAACAGACUACAGGAAAGAUCUGUCGUUGCAGCGUGAUAGAGAGUUAAGAUACAUUGAACACAAGCAUCUCUACUCAGGUGCACCACCUGAUGAGCAGCAGCAUGAGCAGGAUCCCAAUCCUAGCUUCUUCGGAUGGCUGUUUGGAUCAUCCAAAUGAAGCACUUGACUUUCACAGAUUUUAGACAUUCUAAACUCUGUUUGAAUGAGACUUGAGAUUUGUAUUUUUAUAGAAUAAUAUUUUUCGUGUAAAUAGAACUACAGGGUGUUUCAAAAAGAAUGACCCAAUUUUGAACAGUUAUAUUUAUUUUUUAAAAUGGUGUACACAAACCAAUUUUACAUCAAAUUACUCACAGAAGUAUGAAGUUUAUGUUGAUGUAUUAUUAGUGUUCUAUGUGUCAUCCUUUUAAGGCUCGGACGACAUCUAGACGGUAGCCAAAUUCAUCCCAGACUGUUCGCAAGAUGUCUUCUCGGACUGUAGCUACAUCUUCAGUUAUCCUGAUUUUUAGCUCGUUAAUAUCAAAUGCUAAGCGAGGAACAUAAACACGAUCUUUAACGUUGUUUCUGCCUUAGCACUUAUAUUUAGGAGCUAAAAACCAGGAUAACUGAUGUAAGUGCGAAGGUAGGAACAACGUUAAAGAUCGUGUUUAUGUUCCUCCCAUUGCAUUUGAUAUUAACGAGCUAAAAACCAGGAUAACUGAUGCAGUAGCUACAGUCCGAGAAGACAGACAUCUUGCGAACAGUCUGGGAUGAAUUUCACUACCGUCUAGAUGUCGUCCGAGCCUUAAAAGGAAGGCACAUUGAACACUUAAUACAUCAUCAUAAACUUGAUACUUCUGUGAGUAAUUUGAUUAAAAAUGGUUUGUAUACACCAGUUUUUAAAAUAAAUAAUAUUUUCAAAAUUAUGUCAUUCUUUUUGAAACAUUCUGGUAUAUCUUAUAACAGGUAUCGUAGUCAGUUUGUAGCAAAAAUAUAGUACUGUAAAGCAAUUUUCGGUCAGGGAGCAUCUUGCCGUAUUUUAUUGAUUUACUAGUUUUUCUUGAGAUUGAUUUGUGUUUAUGUUGGGUGGAGUGAUUUGUUUUUUGGGUUACUCUUACGAAUUUUAUUAUAUAUUUUCCAUUUAAAUUGAGGUAAAAAUCAGGACAAAUUUGUAAAAACAAUAUGUUUUAAGCUUAAAAUUAGGAAAUGCUUUUACAUGAAUCAAAAUAGUGUGCAGAGAUAUUACAGAUUCAAUUUUUCAAUUAGACGCUACAAUUUUUGAUUCUUCUAUUCCUGGAAUUCAUAAAUAAUCUGUUAAUCAAUAUUUUUUUCAAGUAGUACUUGAUGUCUAUACAAAUAAAUUAAAUACCCACAUAUUACAAAUGAAAUAUUCUUAGAUCUAGAAAAAUAAUGCCAAAUAAAAAAUUUAGAUAUAAAUCCAAUUCGAGUAUUUAUACCACCUUUAGAUAUUAUUAUUUUACUUAUUUGAUUGAUUAGUGAAUUAAUAAUGUGAAUAACUGUAAUACAGGUCAUUUUAAUAUUGUUUUGCAUUAUUUAUUAUAAUCAAAGCAUGCUGAUUUUAUUAUUUCAAAUAGUUUAAUUGAAAUGUCAUGUAAAUAAAUGUUAUAGAAAGAAUGCAAUAUAUUAAUAAUCUGUAAUAUUUGUAGCAUGGUUGUUAAUAACUUAUUGACUGUUGAACAUAAAAUUAUAAUUUCAUAAAAAAAGUAACAGAUUAUAAAAUUAUUUGGAUAUGAUGUUGUUCUUAAAUUAUUUUUUUGAAAUGUGCUUUUUAAUAAAUGUAAUUACUUUUACUCUUGUCUAUAAACUGAAUGAAGUGUUCAGUGUCCCGUAAAAUAAAUGUAUUAUUGUAUGAAUAUA